AUGAAUCACCAGCUUAAUUCAGGGAGACAGAUAUACAAAGUGCUGCUGGGGGUGAUCCCCAGCAAGGAACCAUCAGUUCUGUUCAGGAACUGGUGCUCCUAUGUGGUGACCCGUACCAUCUCCUGCCAUGUGCAAAAUGGCACCUACCUUCAGCGAGUGCUGCAGAACUGCCCCUGGCCCAUGAGCUGCCCAGGGAGCAGCUACCGAACUGUGGUGAGGCCCACAUACAAGGUGAUGUACAAGACAGUGACCGCGCGUGAGUGGAGGUGCUGCCCCGGGCACUCAGGGGUGAACUGCGAGGAAGUUACAGGUUCCUCUGGCUUCGUGGAGCCCAGCUGGUCGGGCAACACCAUGCGGCGGAUGGCGCUUCGGCCCACAGCCUUCUCAGGUUGCCUCAACUGCAGCAAAGUAUCAGAGCUGACUGAGCGGCUGAAGGUGCUAGAAGCCAAGGUGGCGGUUCUAACUGUCACUGAGCGGGCAGUGCUCCCGACCCCAGCUGCACCCGGGGACCCUGUCCCACUCUGGGGCUCCCCAGCUGCCCAAGGCAGCCCCGGGGAUGGAGGCCUCCGAGGGCUACCGGGAGCCAGAGAGAACGUGAGGGCCCCACUGCUGCAUCGAAAUGAUCGAGUUGGUGGCCAGGGGCUUGCUGGGCCCACUGGCCCCAAGGGAGACAUUGGCAACCGGGGCCCAACGGGGAUGAGAGGCCCACCAGGUCCUCAGGGCCCCCCAGGAAGCCCUGGCCAGGCCGGAGCUGUGGGCACCCCUGGAGAGAGGGGACCGCCAGGCCCACCAGGGCCUCCUGGUCCCCCUGGCCCCCCUGGUCCCCCAGCCCCUGUUGGACCACCCCACACCUGGAACCCCCAGUAUGGGGACCCAUUACUGUCCAACACCUUCACUGAGACCAGCAGCCACUGGCCGCAGGGACCAGCUGGUCUCCCAGGCCCCCCAGGGCCCAUGGGUCCCCCUGGACUUCCUGGUCCCAUGGGCAUUCCUGGGAGUCCUGGACACAUGGGACCCCCAGGCCCCACUGGACCCAAAGGAAUCUCCGGCCACCCAGGAGAGAAGGGAGAGAGAGGACUGCGUGGAGAACCUGGCCCCCAAGGCUCCAUGGGGCAGCGGGGAGAACCUGGCCCCAAAGGAGACCCUGGUGAGAAGAGCCACUGGGCUCCUAGCUUACAAAGCUUCCUGCAGCAGCAGGCUCAGCUGGAGCUCCUGGCCAGACGAGUCACCCUGCUGGAAGCCAUCAUCUGGCCAGAACCAGAGGGGUCGGGGGCAGGACCUACCGGCACAGGCACCCCCAGCCUCCUGCGGGGCAAGAGGGGAGGACACGCGGCCAACUACCGGAUCGUGGGCCCCAGGAGCCGCAACGAGAGAGGCUGAGGGCAGGGGCGGCCCUGGGGGCAGACCUCGCCUGGGUUCCCUUCCCAGCCUGGAGUUGGCCAACUGCCUCCAGGGACCGCCCAUCCAUAUUU